AAAUUUAGAUUGACAAGGAGAAUAACACUGGAUAGGAAGCAUGUGCACUGGAAAGUUUCAAAUAUCGACAGUCUAAUGUCGUGGGAGGUUGAUAUCUCUUAAGAAGUAUGGUGACUUUUUUAUGAUUCAAAUGAAGUUAUUUUCAUGGAGAAUGCAAAAUCGCCAAUGUGGUGUAAUAGCGGCGAUUGUAACUUGUGGUGCACUUCUUAUGUGUGUGCAUUUACUUGGAGAACUUAGGAAACUGGGAUCUGCUGUAGCCCGGUUACAGGAUGAGAACAGAUUGAAGUCAAGGUCCUUUCCAUUAAAAACGGGGCUUCACCCUAGACGCUUGUCAGCUGCUAGUGACCAGGUACAUCCAAACAAAGCUAAGGAAAUAGUUCAAGUUGAGACCACCGGCCAUGCAGAUGAGGAUAUGGUUGUCAUUUACAAUCGAGUUCCUAAGACUGGCAGCACUUCCUUUGCAGGAAUUGCAUAUGACCUCUGCAAGAAAAACCACUUCAAUGUUCUACAUGUCAACACCUCGAAAAAUGCUCAUGUCAUGUCAAUGUCAGAUCAGAUGAAGUUUGUCAGAAAUGUUACAGAAUGGAGUGAGAAGAAACCAGCCAUCUAUCAUGGACACACAGCAUUUCUAGACUUUUCCAGGUUUGGGGUAACCAAGUUGCCAAUCUAUAUAAACCUAAUCAGGGAUCCUUUGGAGCGUCUAGUGUCCUACUAUUACUUUGUUCGCUAUGGGGAUGAUUUCCGGCCAUUUCUGAGAAGAAGAAAAGCAGGCAAUACAGAGACCCUGGAUGAAUGUGUGGAGAAGGGGGGCAGUGACUGUGACCCGGUCCAUCUCUGGCUGCAGAUUCCCUUCUUUUGUGGACAGGACUCCAUGUGUUGGGAGCCAGGUAAUAGGUGGGCCUUAGAAAUGGCAAAGGAGAAUAUAUUGCGCCACUAUUUGGUGGUGGGGGUCACUGAGGAACUCCGGGAUUUUGUGGCUCUCCUGGAGGCAGUCCUUCCAAGGUUUUUUAGAGGGGCAGUCAAACUGUUUGAGGAAGGUACAAAGUCUCACUUGAGGAGGACCUCCAACAAGGUGCCCCCUAAGCCAGAAACUUUAGCCAAGAUAAAAGAUUCCAAAAUAUGGAAAAUGGAAAAUGAAUUCUAUCAGUUUGUUCGCAAGCAAUUCCAUUUCAUCAAAUCUCAGACUUUUGAACUGGUGAAUGGACAUUACGUGGAAAAGAGCAACCGAUUCCAUUAUGAAAAGAUUCGACCAAGAUAGGGCCGACUUAGAAGUCAUUUUAUUUCCAGAUCAUGGUGCUGCAUUGUUUUCCCCAGUGGGGAGGAGACAUAUAAUGUUGUUUUUUGCUGUAUUUUUUUUUUAUUCUGAUUUGCUGAUAAUAACCAGGCUGCUCUCUCUGUAUAAUCAUUGUUUCUAGCUGUCAGAAAGAAAAGAUACUCCUUUACUUUUUCGUCUGUAACUAUGUCCUCAAAAAUUUUAACUUCACUUUUUGAAAUUGCAUAAGAGGAACUUGCUUUCUUUUACAUGAGUUUUCAGCAUUAUAAGAUUUAAAUUGAGAUUGUCCAUAUAUGUAAUGAUUUUUUUUUUCAAUCUUCAUUCAUUAUAAUUAUGCACCUGUUAAUUAAGAGUAGCAUUAUCAUUAAGCUUUACUGGCACACUGUUGAGACAUAUCAGCUGAUCAUGCUAUGAAUGAGUCAUGGGGUGUGUAUGGAUCUGGCAGAAGAGCUUUAUUUAAAAAAAAUGCUUGAAUUGAAUAUUGUUUAUAAUAUAGCAGUAGAAACAGAGUUGUGAAGUUUAUAUAUUGAUUUCUGAAUCAAAUACAUAUCAAUUUUUUUUUCUAGAUUUACUAAUUUAACUAAUACUUUUUAUCUUUCAAAUGAUCAUGUGUUGCAAUCAUUUUGUUAAAAUUAAUGUGGCAAGUUAUUUUGAUAAGUGAUAGGUUCUGGUGUUUUGACAUGAAAAUUUAUGUCAUAGGUUCAAAAUUAAACCUUUUAUUGUUAGCAGAUGUAGAAACCAAUGAUCUAAAACAAGAUGAUACAAAGCCUAGUUUACUGUACUGCCAGAAUGACCUGCUAUUUUAUAUUUCCUUUUACUCCGACGAAGAUGAUAACACCUGAUACAAGAAAAAAUAAAACUUGUCUAAUCUGGACAAUGCUGGUUUCAGAGUAAUUGGCCAGAUUAGACAAAAUUCUGGAUUAGAUAACAUUUUAAAUAAUGAAAUUUACUGAAAGGGUAUCUAAUUUAGAUUGUAUUAGGCAAGAUUUUGGAAUAAACAACACAAGUUUCACUGUAUCUUUAAAUAGAGUUACAUCCCUUUGUUCACUGUAUAGCCUUCACCUGAGAUAUCCAGAGUAGAUUUCCUUUGACAUACAGAAUAGAAUAAAAGCAUUCCAAUUCAAUGUACAUCAGCAUAGGCACAUAAUGAUUUUUUUCAGAAAUAAAUUGUAACUAUAAGUCUUGAAUACAAGGCUGUUUUCAUUUGUUGAAUUGAAUGCAGGAAAAUCAUCAGCAUUAUUUAUUUUUUAAUUAUUUCAGUUACUAUUCACUUGAACAGACAUGUACAUAGCAUUUAGUGGUACUCGUCAGUACUACAGUGUUGUAUGUGUGUUAAUUGGUUGUGAGGUUGUCAUUAAAAUUUUGUUAUUUUUCAUUCCAUUCAUGUGUACGUAAGCAUAUUUGUUUGUUUUUCUAUUCUAUAUAUACAUGUACUUCCCACCAGUCUUUUGUGAUUAUUAUAUACUGUAAAUUUCACACAGAUUUAAAGACUAUUCAUAUGUUUAUUUUUAAAUUGAAUUACGGUAUAAAGAAAACACACUACUCAAGAGUAAAAAUUUGCUAUGUCACUAUGUUGUUCAUUAAAUUCAAUGCGGCACGUAUAGGAAUGUACCACCCCUUUUACCAUUUAACACCUAACAUAAAGCAGAAGAGCAUGUUGAGGGAUGUGGUUAAUAUUUUUGAGCUUGACAGGACUUAAAAACUGAAUCCGUAUUUCCUAAGUAAAAUACAUGUAUACCUCUUUUGUUGGUAUUUUACAUAUUCAAGUAUCUUGAUUUGGUAUUGUCAAGAAGACACAAAACAAAGAGCAUGACUGUACAAUUAAAUAAAAGUUAGUAAAAAUGAUACUGCAUUGACAAUUUUUGAUACUCCGUUCUGGAGUUUAUGACUGGUUAAGUGGCCAGCCGAUCAAAUUUCAUCAUUCUAGCUCAAAAGGAUUUAAUAUAUAUGUACUUUAAAAUUUCAAAGAGGAAGCCAAGUUUGCAACCCUUAAUAGUUUUUUUUUCUUUUUUUUUUUUUUUUGAGAGAAGUAGAUAAUAUAUAAUCAGCCAUUGCCGAGUAAAUGAUUUUGUUUGUAGUGUCCAAUUUGAGAAAGGAUCAAAACAUUAAAGUCCAUUGUCUUCCAUGAUUUGUUCAAUGUACGUUUCAUAGAUUGUUUUUCGUGCCAUGUAAUUAUUCAUUCGUCAUUAAUAACAUUUGUAAUGGCUAUAAUAGAAUUUUCCUUGUCAUGUUAUGUUUUAUCAAUAGAAAAUAAAAUGUUGAAUAAAAAAUAGAAGUUUG